GUGAGAGUGCACAUUUUCAAGGAACUGAAAGGUCUACAUGUCUGCGACAAAUUGAUAUGGGAAGGAUGUGGAGGAGGUGACAAAGGGCGGGCCAAGACCCUCAAAGAGGAUAAAUAGGUCACUGCCACACUGGGCUCUCAGACUGUGUCCCCUGAACAGAGACCACCUCCAAGGCUUCCAGCACUAUGGGCUCCCUGAAGACUCUGCUCCUGGCUGCCCUCCUCCUGGGGGCUUCCCUGCAGCACAUCCACGCAGCUCGAGCCACCAAUGUGGGCCGGGAGUGCUGCCCGGAGCACUUCAAGGGUGUCAUUCCCAUCAAAAAGCUGGUGAGAUGGUACAGGACUUCAGUGGAAUGUCCCAAGGAUGCCAUCGUGCUUAUAACCGUCCAGGACAAGUACAUCUGCUCAAAUCCUGACGAUGCGAGGGUGAAGAAGGCAGUUAAACAUCUGCAAAACCGCUUUGCGUCCCGCCAUUCCACCACCCAGGUGUCUUGAUUCUCUCCCCAGACCAUAGAGACUUCCGGCUCCAGUGUUCUCUAUCCCAGCCCUGAGCUGCCUGGGUCAGAGGCCCCGCUAGGACAAAGAGGAGCCACAGCAAGGACAACCCAUCCCCGUUCUGAACGGAGCCACAUGCAUUCGGGGGCCCUGAUUAAA